AAAUCUCUAACCAUUAUUAGGAUUUUAUGGAGACAUUGAACCGUAACAAUGCUACUAAAAGCCCUGCCAAAACGACUAAGAACUUGGUAGAGCAUGUGGAGCAUUACAAAGCAGUGAAAGCAGAUCAUGUACCUGCAAAUAUUGUCAAGACUUUGAAUCUAGCCAGCAGUAAAGUUAACAAAUCAGGCAAAGCACCUCUCAAGACUGUCAAAGUUCCUGUUGCUGAUGGGAAAGAAGCUACACAUGCAAUAGUGCCCCGUCCUGACAAUGCGUGGAAUUACCCUAAACAGCGCUCUACUCUCAGGCAUCUAACUAAAAACACACCUUGUUUCUGUGGAGCUGGAAGGGAUAUAUCAUUUCUGUACGAUGCUAAAGUAAUUGAUAAUCGGGCCAAGCCACUAACAUCACUGUCGAAAAGUAGAGAAGGAAAGCAUGAUAAAAUGGGUGAAGUUGGAAUGAAGACUCCAGGCAUUGAGGACGAGUAUGACUGGGCAGCUGAGAGUCUAAUACCGGAGGAGUAUCACGUGGUACGAGUUAGCGGGGUACAUGGUCUCAACAUAGAAGACGCUCCAAACACUACACUAACUGAAGAGCAUGAGCACCAUGUCACACUCUUCCCUAGUCUCAAACCUACCAGUAGGAAGGAGGUGAUGCAGCUGAUGGAGACAAUGGACCACUUGUUGGAGGAAGCAGGAUGUACUACGGAUCAGAUAACACAGGUCGAAACAACGGAAGUUCACAAUCUUCUACAAUUGAUAAAGAAGGAACAACAUAUUUACAACGUUGUAUUUCAUGAGCUCAUAAGACAGGUAACAGUUGGGUGCAAAGAUCGGGGGGUGUUGCUGGCUAAAGUCAGGGAAUAUUACCAGAAGUUACUCGACCGCAUUCCCAGACAGAUUAUGAGUUUGCACCAAGAAGUAAUGGCGCAGCGUGCACUAGACCGGCGGCUAACAGAUGAACUGAUCCGCUUCAAAACAGCAAUAGCAACUCUCUCCAAAGAGCUGAACGAGGUGCGGGAACAUGACCAGGAGGUUACACAGCAGGCUCUCGAAGCACAGAAGGACCUGGCAUCUGCUCUCAGCGAAUCAGAGAAGAACGCUAACUUGGUGGCGGAGUACCACAGUUUGUAUGAGAUACAGAGGUCCAGGUUGGAGUUUCAGAUAACCACUCUCAAUAAAGAGAGAGAUCUGUGGAGCAGAGCUGUUUAUGAUCUGGCAGUCAAGAUUUGUCAAGAGAGGAAUUUGCGGACAGCAAGGAGACUACAGCUGUGUGAACAAGCCUGGAACAAACUCGCUGGACAUUUUGGUUUAGUUCUGGCUGAUGUCGACUCUAAAGCGUUACAAGAUCUGCAAAACUCUGUGGACCACUGGAGAGGGAGAAUAUCCAGUUUCUCUCGGGAACUGGAGAGGAUUGAUGAUUCCAUGAAGGAUCAGCUGGAGAAGAUUCUUGGAGAGGUGGACGGGUGGAGAGAUGAUUUGGCUAUCAGAAUCAGGCCGACAGGACGAGUAGAGAUCCCACCUGAUUACCCGGUAGAGAAACUCUUCCAGAACUGCAGGAUGUGGGAGGAGAUGUUGUCUGUGUUGAUAGAGCGGUUUAGUGGAGACACUCUUCUAGCUAGCCAGGAGGAUUUGACAAAGAUAAGUCGAUUGGUGGAUGUUUGGAAGGAUGCUGCUAUCAACAUAUUCUCACAUCACCCUCGAAAAGACAGCAAGCGUCACCCCUGUCAAGAAUCUUUGUUGCUAGUUGACAAGGAAUGCGAGGAACUCAUGCAACAGUUUGUAGUCAGAGUAUCGGGAGAAAAUGCGUCAGGUGUGGCUAGAGGUAUCAUCGGAUUAGUGAACCCCAUUGAAACUUGGGGUAAUAGAUUAAUGGCGGUAAUAAAAGGUGAGGAUCUUCUGUCUGAAGCAGAGUGGGCAAAGUUGUCGUCGAAUCUCCAAGAAUGGUCACACGUGAUCGGGAAGGUGCUGAGUAGACUGACGACAUGCGUGGUUAUCAGUGAAGAAGACGAUAUCACCACCAUCCCACCUAGCAUCAUGGAGGACUUUGUGUACGCUGAUUCUGUUUACUCUGACGAUGACCGAACGACAAUGUACAGCUCGACCCCGGAGCCAGAGGCUCUGACCCUGGAAAGAGUUCUAGGUGACGUGGACAAGUGGCUGAGGAACACAAGCAACACUAUCGACAAUGAGAACGCUGUCAUCGUUGAAACUGUGUCAGUUCUCCACAACGACAUGAUAAGAUGGAUGGUGAUGAUGAUUCUGGAGUUGACCGCGGCGGACUCAACUAUAUCAGAUGCUAUAAUAGGGGACGAUGACGAUUCUGAUUUGCAUGACCGUGAGCCAAUCGGAGGUACAUACGCCAAGCUUUCAAAUUUCGAGACCGCUGGAAAAGCUGUGUGUUCGAAAUUGAGAGAGUUUACCGCUAAAAUAAUCAAGUGCUGCAACGAUAUCGUGUUAGAAAUUGUUGCUAACAAGCAGAAAGAAACGGAGUGUAACUCAGGAGACAACGAAUACAAAGACUUGAAGCGUCUUGAGACGGAGUGUGAAGAGUGGAUCAAAACAGCGAACAUGCUGAUACAGGAAGCUGGAGGAGAGAGCGACUUACUGCCUGCCGAAACUUCUAGUAUUCUAGGUGGACCCUCUAGUAUCCUUCCUGCUGUAAGUGGUACAACUGCAAGUGGGGACACUGCCUCUCCGUCAAACCAACUGUCCGGAGGAGUGGAGCACGUGUCACAGGAAACUAUUUCAACAGAGGAUAAACCUCACAUCACUGAGGUGGAGGGUGAGAAGAACCUCUUUGUACUGGGGGAGGAUGAGAAUAUCCAGAGCAGCACCAUGGACGAGAUACUCUCUAGACAUUCGACCGAUUCUGCAAGCUCAGAAAAAGCCGGUUUAAACGAUCUGCCAUCAAGAGAAGCUGGAAAGACGGGGAACCCACUGUCUGACGCGGAAACACAUGUCAACUUAGUGAACGAGUUGAACAAACAAGUGCAAGACACAGUAACGCGGGCGAAAACGGCAGAGGAAAAGGUUGCCGAACUUGAACUGGAACUCUCCAAUACUAAAGGGAGAGUAGUGGAUUUGGAAAAGGAGCUGGAGGAGGAGAAGACGAAAGUUCUUGCGGCUGCAGCUGCCACGCCAGCAUCUAAACCUGCCAGCAGAGCGACUAAGAAGCAGGCUCAGAAAAGACAUUAACAAAGGGACGGAAGCUCCUCAGUUAACCCUUGGUUCUCAACCACCAAACCCAGUAACCUUUGAAAAUUGUACAUCAUAGGAACCUUCCAGAGGGGACCGCCAACCAUCUCAGAAAUAUGAUUUUAAACUUUUAAUGGAUCCGAACAGUCCCUCUUAGUGUCAAAUGAUUUCAAUAUCAGUUUCAUUCAGCGGUACUGAAUAAAAACCCCAGAUUCUCACAAUUAACAACUCCAUGCUUUACUCCUGCUUGUGAUUACUGUGACAUUAUAACAGCGCCAUACAUCUACGAAAGUCUGAUCAUUAAAGCCUAAGAACAGUUGCUGGAUGCAGAUUGAAUUACCAUCAUUACAUUAUUAAUUUAACUAUUUAGCCCUGUUAAGUGUCGACCUUUUCUCCAAUUCCUCCUGUUUAUAAACUUACUGUUGCGCUGCUGUAUUUGGAGGUUUCAUAAAUUAUUCGACUCUUUAAUUCCAGAUCAUGUCAC